CUAAAAAUACCAAAACGUAACCAAAAUAUAGCAGCAGCAACGAUCCCAUACUUUCCGAAUCUCAAGAAUCCACAAAGACAUCCUAUGUUCAAGAAAAAAAGAGAAAGUAUUAGUAACAAGUUUACAAGCAGGAAUCAAGAACAACGAAUAAACGAAAUAAUACUUUCCAAAUUUUCAAAAGAUAUGGCUCACAAUUCUAAAGAAGCUCAAAGACACCAAUAA